GAAAAAAUGCUAGUGAGUGUUUGCUCGAUUUUUCUCAGGUUUAUUGGUCGUCGGGGAUGUCCGCAGACGGUUCACGAAGGAGCGAGUAGCCACUUCCAGGCUCUUCGCGAACGGGCGGACGCAAUUCCCGAAUUCGAAUCAAUAAAAAUGAUGCGAAUUUGCGUUCACACCGCCUCAGAGCUCGAAACAGUCCUUGUAAGGAUCGAUGAGGCCUUGAUGAGCUCGGCAGGAUCCAUGCGACGGAGAGGCGCUCACUCCAGGACACCUGCUGACAGGUGGCCAGCACCAGCACUCCGGACCCCGGACCGGGCGGGUCUCAGUUGUUUGCGACAAUGGCGGCUUGUAUCAGUCAGGCAAACGUUCUGGCGGCGAUGGUCCCGGGGCUACAAGCUGCCUUAACAGUAGCUGCUGGGAAGGGUCAUUGCGACGCACGCAGGGGAGGACGGCAUGGUCAGAGUCGUCGACCUUAGAAGGAGCGACGGAGAAGUCUUUCGGAGGGAGAUUCACUAGCUGGCGCCACUGCCAGUAUGCUGAAGCCGUAUAAGUUAAGUCGAAAUUUGAAACCGUCAAGCGCACACGCAUUCUUUUCGUCGCCGCUGGAAAAAUUAAUUAUUCUUGCCAAAAACUUUAUCGGUUUUUUUAAUAAUCUAAUUAUUUU